AUGAAUUAUCAACAACAACAACAACAACGGCAACAAGGCGAAGCUGCUAGUUACCUAGGCGGUGGUGGCGAUGGAGGUAUCCACAAUUUUGACCAACAACAAAUGCAACCACAACAACAGAAUGCUGGUAACAGCUUUGACCACGUCCUCAACAACUUGAUGGCCAAUGUCUCUGGUCACCAGCCCGCUGAAGAGCACGAAAUCAGAGCUGCUCAAGAGUCCUAUCAACAAGUCUCUCAGAAUCCAAAUCAAGCAUCUCCUCAAGCCGUGGGUAAUGCUGCUGCUGUGGAAGCAUUGAAGCGUAGUGAACAAUCGGGCGGUGGUAUGAGUGAAAUGAUUCAAAUGGCUAUGGCUCAAGCGUCCAAGCUCAUGAACAACAGCAAUGCUGCUAGCGGCGAUAAUCGUAACAGUAAUAACAGCCAAAGUGCUGCUAUUCAACAAGCUGCCAUGAUGGCUCUCAAACUGUACAUGUCCAAGCAAUCUGGCGGCAACAACUCUUCUGGAGGCAGUAGUGGAGGAAUUAGUAGUUUGUUGGGUAUGUUGAUGGGCGGCGGUUCAUCUGGUAACAACAAUAACAACAGCAACAACAGCAACAACAACAAUCAACAAAACUCCAGUGGCGGUGGCAUUGGUGCCAUGGUAGGUUCUCUUCUCGGUGGUGGCUCCAACAACAAUAACAGUAACAAUAACAACCAACAGAACUAUCAGCAGCAAAACCAACAGCAGUUCCAACAACACAAUCAGCAGCAAUUCAACCAACAGAACCAAGGUGACUACAGCGGAUACAAUCCUCCUCAAGGUGGUCCACAACAACAGCAACAGCAACAGCAUGGUGGUGGUGGUGAUAGCGGCUUUGGUGCUAUUGCCUCUGGCUUGAUGUCCAAGAUGCUCAACAAAUAA